ACGAAGAAGUUAUUAUAUCAGAAGCUCAGUUAAAUAAAGUUUUGAACAGGCAAUUGAAACAUUACAUCACAUAUUUUGAAAAUUCGAAAGUACUGUAUAUGCCUUAUUCAAUCGAAACCAUCAGACAAUUCGUUAUUUAUGUACAGACGGACGAUCCCGGAUUGACAUUUAUUACACACGCUUUCCAUCUGUAUCAUCUGACUUUAAGAUACGAGUUAGACGAUUUAAGAAAGAAAUGCAGAUUAUUUAUCAUUCGUCAAAUAAAACUGGAUAACGUCUGUUCAAUCCACGAUUUUGCACGUGAAAUUGAUGAUUUAAUUAUAAUUUAUUAUUGCUGGGUAGCUUUCAACCAAUACGGAGGAAGACUAUUUACAACAGACGACUUUAUGUGCUGUAAAAUUGCAACAAUUGAUAGACUGCUAUCUCGAGCGAUAUAUGAAUCUGUCAGUGAAUUGCGUUUACUCCAAGCCGUGUAUCAGUGGAGCAAACAUGAAGUUAAAAGAAAAUUGGGUGCAUACUGCUUCCUUUCGAUGAAUGAGGAAUCGAAAAGGAAUGCAAUAAGAUGUGUUAUGAAGCCAUUUAUUGGAAAAGUCAGAUUUCUUGCCAUGAAUGAAGAGGAAUUGCGAUAUUAUGUUUAUACAGUGAACUUGUUACACGAGAUAGAAAAGAUUCAUAUCUGGCAUGCUUUUAAGUAUGGUAAUUAUUCCUAUUAUCCCAGUUACUUCAGUCGAGAAAGAAAAACCAGAAGCAGAAUAAAUUAUUGUAACUUGUUCUCGUACAUAAAUCGUGGAGUUCCUUUUAUGGUCGCAAACAGAAAGAUGGAAGGUUACCUAUAUUUUAGCAGCGAAGUAGUUGUGAGGGAAGAUUGUUAUGUCACGGCCCUUCGAUUUCCGGUGAAGCUUGGCGAAAGUUUUUCAAUGUACGUAUACGCGUAUGUUAACAAUUUGGAUAACUGGCAGUUUUCGUUCGAGACCGUUUGUAAUCCACAGGGAGUAGCAGAUCUGCAAACGAAGUAUUAUCUAGAAAAAUAUUGGUCAAUUCGUUUCCUUGCUUUCUUUUUCCCAGCUGAAAAUGGUCAACCCGAUAUCGAGUUUUCACCUGAACUGAGUUACUUUGUGAGCGACAAAGGAACAGAUGCCAGGAAAUUUGAAGACAAAUUUCUAAUUUGUGACAGAACAAUUAUGAAUAAUAUUUACUUUUUUGUUGAUUUAUGUUUUUGAAGUUAAAAGUUUCUAUGAAAGAAAGCGAAAUCUAAAGUAGAAUAUAAUGUAAAGUUAAAUUCGAAUAUGAUUAUUUCUUAGUGUAUUGCUGUAAAAUUUCCGCAAAAUGCGCGUGUGUACGUGAACGGGAUAAUGAAUUUAUUGGAUUUACAAAAAACAAAAUUGAAAUUUAAAGUGCUCAUUAAUGUAUUUUUU